AUGUUUUUUCUUCUUAGAAAUAAUAGAAUAACUGUAGAAUGUGCCAAACAUUUAGCUAUCGGCUUAAAGAAAAAUACAUUGUUAAAAUCUUUAAAUUUGAAUCAGAAUGCUAUGAAAGAUGAAGGAGUAGAAGCUAUUUUGAAAGCAAUUAUGAUCAAUUCUUCUCUGAAACUAUUGUCAGUAGAGGAAAUUGGAUUAAAUAUAAAUAAUGCUAGAUUAAUACAAGAUAUAAGUAUUAAUAAAGGUAUUCCUAUUUUACAUGGUGGAACUGGAGGCUAUCAACGAAAUACUGCUAUCACAAGUAUUUUGAAUAUGUUUCGAGUUUAUCUAGAAAGUAACUAUAAUGAUAUACAAUCAGCAUUUCAAAUGCAAGAUAAAGAACAGUUAGGAAUUUUAAAUUCUGAUGAAAUAAGAAACUGUUUAAAAGAUCAUGGUUUGAGGAUGACUAAUCGAAUGCUGGAUUCAUUAUUAGAAGAACUGGACAAAACAAAUACUGGUAACAUUUUCUAUAGAGAUUUGUUAAAUAUUGCAUUUAUUAGUGACCAUGUAAAACAUAGAUCAGUGGAUCACACUUCUAUUCAUAAUGGUGAAAUGGGUAGAUAA